CUUCAUAAUCCAUUAGAUACGAAGAUGAUUAAUUCUACUUGAUUGUCACCUUCAAAAAAAAACUCCUUUAUUAUAAUAAUAACUAAUUUCCUGGAAUCAGGGUUCUGAUAUCGAUCUCCCACUUCCUAGCACCGCAUAGAAAACGCCAACGCCAUAAUUCAUUCAAAAAUAGUUCCGAGCAUAAUAAUGCUGUUUCAGCCUAUUGUUAAUUUUUCAAGACAAUGUAUAGGGGUAUCAGUUCGAUCCAAAACCCCUAGUUGGGGGGCCGUUGGGGGGAUGAUUUCCCACCAGCACAACGCAUAUCGGCCGUCCGUGUUUCGAUGAAAACCAGUCACAGUUUGGCGACGGUGGCGUCUUCGCUUCAGCGUUUCGUGGUGCACGAAUGUUCUUUGAAGUGUCCGUGAACUUGCUCAACAAGAAACCAUCCAUCACUGACAUCUAUCCUCCAAAUGGCGAUAGCGACAGAAACAGCGACGCCUGGCUACCAAUGGAGAAAACCAAAAGAGUAUUUUUUGUAACGAAACUUUCCAACACUCCGGAUUUGGAGAUGCUGACCAUGCCAGGAGUGUUAUUGGAAGAAGACAUCGAAGACGAAAUGGGAGAACCAAUCAUAGUUUGCUGCAAAGAAGCCAAAGCAGGAUGCAAGCGAGGCAGUCUCACAGCAGGACUCAGCCCAACUGAAAGAAGAUUGAGGGAAUUGAUACAAGUUGGAGCAUAUGGGGCAGCAAUAAAUCAUACUGCGGCACUUUUGGCUCUAUAUGGACAAGGAAGAGGCAAACAAGGCCACCGUACAACGCAUUCGCCUCAAUCCCUACAAAUUUGGUACAUCCGAAUAGCUUUGCUAGUGAAAAUCAAGUCUUUCGCAGUUGCUCAAGCUGAAGCUCAGCCGUUUAGUCAAUUAGAAAAACCCGACAUUUUUUAUCAGUAUUAUCCAGAAUUAUAUGGUAAUCGUACAGGAUCGAUGGCGUCAUUCAAUUUCCGAUUACUUUUAGCUGAACUACCGAUGAUUUGUGGCAAACCAAAAGAUUCUUUGCGAAAACUGUUUUGCAUUUGGGCCACCAUAAAACGGAUGCUUAAAAACCUCAAACAAGGUUUAUGCGAAGAUGGUUCCUCAUCCAUCAGCGAUACAGACAAAACCAACUCCCUAAAACUAUGGACAAUUCGCGAAUCCAAAGUGAUGUACUCGAUAGUAAAUUGCUCGUGCUCGAUAAAAGAUUACGCUUUAGCUAUCGAAAUGCUGGUACACCUUUGCGAAAGAGACGGAGCCCCAAAACACGUGCUCUUGUCCGCUCUGGGACGUUUACAUUUACAAACCGGAAAUAUUUCCGAUGCAGAAGUUUGCUUUAACGAGUCCAGCCAUUGCGGUUCCAAUAGCGUCAGGGGUUUGGUAGACAAAGGCCUAUUGGCUAUAGCUCAAAACAACUACGAAGAGGCUUACGUUUGUUUUCAACAGGCCAACUGUUUGGAUCCAUCUAAUAUCAUGAUCCUCAACAACAUGAGUGUUUCCUUAUUUCAUGCAGGACAAACCAAAGAAGCCAUAGCGGUUUUGGAAUCUGCCAUAUCUUCUAAGCCUGUAGGCGGUGUUCAUGAAUCUCUUAUUUUGAAUUUGUGUACUUUGUACGACAUGCAAUCGUCCAGGGGUAUUAUGAAAAAGUUUGCUUUGUUGCGGCAAAUGUCCAAAUAUAGUGCCGACGCUCCUACGACAAUUUUGGAGAAACUUUACGGAUAAUAAUUUAUUUUUGUUUGUAAUAUUUACCAUUUUAAAGUUAAGUGGUGAAUUUAGGAUUUUUAUUGAUAUACAGGGUGUUCAAUUAACAUAUUAGAUUUAGAGCAUAUCAGAGUAAUAAUUAAUGCAGAUGAUCGAAUAGUUUAAAUGAAAUAUAUGGAGCUGGGUAUUAAAGAUUUUUAAAUUACCUGCGACCGGCCUCUAGUGAGUUUAAAAAAAUAAGUAUAGAA